AAUUCAAUUCGCAAUAAAGCAUUUUCACAUUUCGCAUUGAUCACGCGAGCCUAUCAUUUGCAUUCCUAGGUUCUCUCACUGCGCCGUCUGCGACACUCCGACACCCUACAGUGUACAGGUUGCCAUAGACCAACGCCACACCUUGUCACCAGUCUGCCAACUUGACCAGUUUGUUCAAUUUGUCUAAUUUGUCCAGUUUAAAACUGUCCGACGGAGAUUAUCUACUUCGUAUGGGUGCGAACAUUCGCCCGAGCCCGGUUUUCAACGCUACCUACCUUUAGACCCACGACCCAAAUCAUCGAAGCAACGAGAAACACAAUGCGGCAGGGCGCGACUCUGCUGCAUAACCAAUAUUCUUCAACCUGGAUUCGGUAGCGCUUCUCGCUUCGUCUUUUUACACCACGCCCUUAUCACCAUCGCAUCAACGUGGACGUGAAUUUAGAAGGGAUAAGCAUAAUCAUAAGCAUCUCCAUUCUACCCUUUGGCCUUUGCGAUUCUACGAUUUGCGACAGAUAGUUACUGGCACCGUCUCAUUAUCGCCUCUACCUCCAUUUCCUUAUAACAUGGCUUUUCGCGGCAAGCCUAUCAUCCCUGCCACUCCUCGUGUGAUAUCACCGAGCCCUACACCCUCCGAGACGCAGGAUGAAAUUUCGCAAGAUUCAUAUCUUGGCCCAGUCACACGUUCCGCUGCAAGGCGCCGACAGACUGGAAGUGUUGCGCCCCAACUACCUGUCCACGAGAAUAUCGACGAAGAGUCAGAUCCGGAGCUCCGGAGGGCCCGGACUAGAUCGAGAAGUCCAAUAAAAUCUCGCAAGGUUGGUGGUCUUACUUCCGCUAGGUCCGGUCGCGCCACCAAGUCGAAACAAAAAGGGAAUGAUGAGGUCAAAGUGAAGGAGGAGGAGACUUCAAAUGGACAUUUGGCGCCCCCGACUCCGGGAUAUACACCCACCAUCGCGGGGUGGGACUGGCGUGAUUUCAGCCGUAGUCCCAGUCCCCUCGGCUUAAUUCCGAUACAUCGUCACUUUAAGAUUUUUAUCCACAAGCACGAAGUACCGAGGAAAGUGCUGCAUGUGUCGAUCGGCUUUCUUGUGUACUGGCUCUACGUCAGCGGCACACAAACCUCUUCGGUCACUCCCUUUUUAAUGGGGGCCUUGAUCCCUAUUGCGACUACGGAUUAUUUGCGUCAUAAAUACGCUUCUCUAAAUCGCUUCUAUGUGAAGUGCCUUGGCGCAUUGAUGCGCGAAUCUGAGUAUGCUGGCUGGAAUGGGGUCAUAUUCUACCUCCUUGGCGCUUGGACCGUCCUCUACUUCUUCCCCAAGGAUGUUGCAGUUGUGGCAGUUAUGCUCUUGAGCUGGUGCGAUACAGCGGCUAGCACCUUCGGUCGGCUAUACGGAAUAUAUACGCCGAGACUUCGACGAGGAAAAUCCCUCGCUGGAUCCCUGGCCGCAUUCAUUGUUGGUGUGAUUACCGCAGGUUGGUUUUGGGGUUGGCUUGCGCCAAAAACAGGCCCUUUCCCUGGAGAUGAACAGCAUCCUUUUAUGUUCCAGGGUUUAUUGCGACUUCCUGAAUUCGCCGCGAACGCACUCGGACUUUCUGAGUCGCAAAGUGUCGUUGAUGGUCCCAUCGCUCUCGGACUGUUGAGCUUAUGGUCGGGCUUCGCGGCGGCGGGUAGUGAGGUAAUUGAUCUCUUCGGCUGGGACGAUAAUCUUACAAUUCCUAUACUUAGUGGCAUCGGAAUCUGGGGGUUUCUCAAAGUUUUCGGAUAGGCAUAAAUUGGUUAGAGAGUGUAAGCCCUUACAAGGCUUCGGGGAUAUUUGCAAGGCAUUCGGCGUUACGGAGGGAAAUUGAUGCGGAAUGGCAUAUGAUCGACUGGUCUUGGUAGACAGGUUAUGACUAGACAUGACGGCAACGGCGGUUUCAAUGGCAUAAACUCACUCAUCUCUCGGUUGGAGAAUUUCUAGAAUUUCUAGAA